GCUGUCCUCUCGUUGCCGCCGGUUAGGUCCAUGGAUGAAAGCCCGUCCCUGCGGCGCAUGACGGCGAUGCGGGAGAAGGGCCGGCGCCAGGCGGUGCGGGGCCCGGCCUUCAUGUUCAACGACCGCGGCACGAGCCUGACGGCCGAGGAGGAGCGCUUCCUGGACGCGGCCGAGUACGGCAACAUCCCCGUGGUGCGCAAGAUGCUGGAGGAGUCCCAGACGCUCAACGUGAACUGCGUGGACUACAUGGGCCAGAACGCGCUGCAGCUGGCCGUGGGCAACGAGCACCUGGAGGUGACGGAGCUGCUGCUCAAGAAGGAGAACCUGGCGCGCAUCGGCGACGCGCUGCUGCUGGCCAUCAGCAAGGGCUACGUGCGCAUCGUGGAGGCCAUCCUCAACCACCCCGGCUUCGCGGCCAGCGGGCGCCUCACGCUCAGCCCCUGCGAGCAGGAGCUGCAGGACGACGACUUCUACGCCUACGACGAGGACGGCACGCGCUUCUCGCCCGACAUCACGCCCGUCAUCCUGGCGGCGCACUGCCAGAAGUACGAGGUGGUGCACAUGCUGCUGCUGCGGGGCGCCCGCAUCGAGCGCCCGCACGACUACUUCUGCAAGUGCGGCGACUGCACCGAGAAGCAGCGGCACGACUCCUUCAGCCACUCGCGCUCCAGGAUCAACGCCUACAAGGGGCUGGCCAGCCCGGCCUACCUGUCCCUGUCCAGCGAGGACCCCGUGCUCACCGCGCUGGAGCUCAGCAACGAGCUGGCCAAGCUGGCCAACAUCGAGAAGGAGUUCAAGAAUGACUACCGGAAGCUGUCCAUGCAGUGCAAAGACUUCGUGGUGGGUGUGCUGGAUCUUUGCCGAGACUCAGAAGAGGUGGAGGCGAUCCUGAACGGAGACCUGGAAUCGGCAGAGUCUGCGGAGGCGCACAGGCACAAGGCGUCACUGAGUCGUGUCAAACUUGCCAUUAAGUAUGAAGUCAAAAAGUUUGUGGCUCACCCCAACUGCCAGCAGCAGCUCCUAACCAUCUGGUACGAGAACCUCUCGGGGCUGCGGGAGCAGACCAUCGCCAUCAAGUGUCUGGUUGUGCUGGUGGUGGCCUUGGGCCUCCCGUUCCUCGCCAUCGGCUACUGGAUCGCACCUUGCAGCCGGCUGGGGAAGGUUCUGCGCAGCCCCUUCAUGAAGUUCGUGGCACACGCUGCGUCUUUCAUCAUCUUCCUGGGCCUGCUUGUGUUCAAUGCCUCAGACAGAUUCGAAGGCAUCAGCACACUGCCAAACGUCACGGUCAUCGACUACCCCAAGCAGAUCUUCAGGGUCAAGACCACCCAGUUCACGUGGACCGAGAUGCUCAUUAUGGUUUGGGUUCUUGGAAUGAUGUGGUCCGAGUGUAAGGAGCUCUGGCUGGAAGGCCCCCGGGAGUACAUCGUGCAGCUGUGGAACGUGCUGGACUUUGGGAUGCUCUCUAUUUUCAUCGCCGCCUUCACAGCCAGGUUCCUGGCUUUCCUCCAGGCAACGAAAGCACAGCGGUACGUGGACAGUUACGUCCAAGAGAGCGACCUCAGCGAAGUCACCCUCCCGCCAGAGAUACAGUAUUUCACCUACGCCAGAGACAAGUGGCUGCCCUCGGACCCUCAGAUCAUCUCUGAAGGCCUCUACGCCGUCGCCGUGGUGCUCAGCUUCUCCCGGAUCGCGUACAUCCUUCCUGCCAACGAGAGCUUCGGCCCCCUGCAGAUCUCCCUCGGCAGGACCGUGAAGGACAUCUUCAAGUUCAUGGUCCUCUUCAUCAUGGUGUUCCUCGCCUUUAUGAUCGGCAUGUUCAUCCUUUACUCUUACUACCUUGGGGCUAAAGUAAACGCUGCUUUUACCACCGUGGAAGAGAGUUUCAAGACUUUGUUUUGGUCCAUAUUUGGAUUGUCUGAAGUGACUUCCGUUGUGCUCAAGUACGAUCACAAAUUCAUAGAGAAUAUCGGAUACGUUCUUUAUGGAAUAUACAAUGUAACUAUGGUGGUCGUUUUACUCAACAUGCUAAUUGCUAUGAUUAACAGCUCAUACCAAGAAAUCGAGGAUGACAGCGAUGUGGAAUGGAAGUUUGCUCGUUCAAAACUUUGGUUAUCUUACUUUGAUGACGGAAAAACGUUACCUCCACCCUUCAGUCUAGUUCCUAGUCCAAAGUCAUUUGUUUAUUUCAUCAUGCGGAUCAUUAACUUUUCCAAAUGCAGAAGGAGAAGGCUUCAGAAAGACAUAGAAAUGGGACUGGGCAACUCAAAGUCCAGGUUAAACCUCUUCACUCAGUCUAACUCGAGAGUUUUUGAAUCACACAGUUUUAACAGCAUUCUCAACCAGCCAACACGUUACCAGCAGAUCAUGAAAAGGCUGAUAAAGCGCUACGUUUUGAAAGCACAAGUAGACAAAGAGAAUGAUGAAGUGAAUGAAGGUGAAUUAAAAGAAAUCAAGCAAGAUAUCUCCAGUCUUCGUUAUGAACUUUUGGAGGACAAGAGCCAAGCGACCGAGGAACUCGCCGUCCUAAUUCAUAAGCUCAGCGAGAAGCUGAGCCCCAGCGCGCCGAGAUGUGAAUGACGUGGUGGCCUGGACUGCGGCUCGGACUGUAGCACAGAUGUGGGCAAUAAUAUUUCUAAGUGUGAAGUACUUGAAAACCAUGGUGUACAUUUUUAGUAUUAACUACCUUUAUUAUGUGAAUGUUUAAAAGUUAGGUCUUAAUGAUUUUACUGUUUUAUCACAUGCAAACGGUCUUUAUUUUAAUUGUCUGCCUUGAAAUUACAAUGACACGCCAUUGUAUUUAAAGGACAAUUACUGCCAUUUUUGUCCAUUUUAGAAUGAACUUUACUACAUCUUUGCACUAUCUGUUGGCCUCCAAGAGACUGUAAGUAAGCUCCUUGGGGACAGGGACCAUGUCUUACUCAUUUUUAUGUCUCCAGCAUCUAGGACAGUGCCUGGUACAAAGUAGGUGCUCAGUAAAUGUUGCUGAAACCACCCAAACUGAACUGCCAACAAAAUACAAAUACAAAUAAAAAGGCCAUCACUACGUAGCA